CGUAUAGUUCAUUUGAUCGACACAGAAAUGAAGCGAAUCAGACCCAAUCAGGAGCUGAAAUGCAUUCGGCUGUAAAAAAUUGGUUGAAUCGUGGCGAACUUGAGAGACUCGAAAAUGUUGUAUUGGAGGGUCGGGGCACGCGUUUGUUAGGUGAACAGUCGCAAGAUCUUAGAACUCGUGUCUUCCUGAAGGGACUCCCCAACUAUUUGACGAAAAUCUCUCAAGUGCACGAUGCUGUUACGCGCGGCUCGUUAGCUGAAACGCAGAAGAUAAUUUCUGAGGAAUCGAAGAAAAAGCUGGCGAUCGCGAAGGAUUCAUGUGGAGUACCUUUGAUACACAAAGCGGUCUACUAUGAUCAACCCGAGAUAGUUUCUUGGCUCGUAGAAAAUUAUCCUAUUACGCCACAACAGAAAGAUAGAGAAGGACGAACAGCCUUGCACUAUUGUUGUGUGUGUAAAGAUCCUGAUCCAAUUUGGGAUAUUCUCAUAGAAGGCGGAUGUGACGCUAGUAUUUGUGACAAGAAAGGAAAUCCGGCUUCUUAUUACUUGGAACAUUCUUCGGACAUUGAAUUACCGGAAGUAGAGAUGACAACUCGACGAAGAAAAAGUACCGCAAAGGAUAAUAUGGAUUUCAAGCCCUCCAAUAUCAGGAUAUGGAUACACAAUAAAGACAUCGGAAAAUUACAGCAUGUGUUGUGGGAAGGACAUGGAUCUAAACUUCGAUGCGAGACCAGCAAUAAUCCGCGGAUAAGAAGAUUCUUAGAAGCCGUGCCCUUUAUUAUGGGCACAAUAAAGGAUAUCCACGCAACAGUCAUUAAUAACGAUUUGGAGGGUCUCAAGACAAAAUUGGAGGAACCUAUUUUGCCCAUUAUUUUAUGCGGCAAGGACGCAAAUGGCUUAAAUGCCCUUCACAAAGCUGCUGGUUUGGGAUACACGGACAUCGCACGUGAAAUCCUUGAAAGAUGCUCUGCAACGGUGGCGGCUCAAGACAAUGAAGGAAAGACUCCACUGCAUUAUGCAGCUGCACUUAAGGACGACGGCGUCAUGUAUGAUCUUUUAACAGAGCAUGGAGCAGAUGAAAGUAAACUAGAUAACAGACAAAAAGCGCCUGCAUUUUACAAAAACCGCCCUUCAGACGUAGACCUGUCGAAUUUGUCAAUGAUACCGGAAGCGCCCCGAGUUUCUGAUACUUAUCCAAAAAGUUGGGAUUGGAGAAUCUUAGAGGGAGCCAUUAUGCGAGGCAUGAAGAAGGUUAACAGUGACGAUAGCGCUUUCGGUAGUGCCGAAUCCACAAUGAAGAUUUUUUCUUUUUUUUCUCUUUCGAUACGAGGGGGGUUUCCAGUAAUUCCAGGUCAAUGAUAUAAUGGAUUAUAUAUGCGAGAUUUGGUAAAACAGAAAGGCGAUGAUGAGCAAGAGAACGAGGAGGCUGAAACUCCGAAUGGAGACGAGGAGGCUGAGAAUCCAAAUGGAGAAGAGGAAGCACAAAAUGAAGAAGGACAAAAUGGAGAAGAGGAGGAAGCACAGAACGGAGAAGAGGAAGAAGCACAAAAUGAAGAUGAGGCGAAUAACGGAGGAGACGAAAACGAAGCCGAAGCAGAAAAUAACGAGGAAGAUGCCACCAAUGAGAACGAAGAAGAGCAAGAGGAAAAGGCGUCAUCUGACGAUGACGUGGUAACUGGACCUAUCGCGGAGCCAACGAAAGACGAGGAGGAUGGGCCUGAGGCCGCCGAUAAUGAGGAUGGUAUCUACGAGGAAUCCCCGAAGAUCGAGGAAAUCGCUAAUGAUGAAACCGUCGAACAUGAAGAAAGAAACGAGCCUAGUACUGGCGAUUCUGGCGUUGACGAUCCUGCACAAGAUGAAGAGCAGCAGGUCAUCGUCGGCGAACAUCAGGAGCCCGCGGAAGUAGAAUUGACUGAGGGUAGUAUGGGCAGAGAUCUAGAAGUAGAUAGUUUACUAGAAAAUGAUAAUAUGGAACAAUUAGCGGCUCUCGUUCUCAAUGGUGAAGGCCGACGAUUGGUCGGACGACAGUGCGGAAAUCCCGAACUCCAAGCUUUUAUCGACAACGUUCCGACUUAUAUGGGAAAAAUUCAUGCUGUGCACAUGGCAGCACGAGAAGGAAAUCUUCGAGACCUGCAAAGCGCAUUGGAUCGCCGUAAAUUUGCGGUGGCGCGAGACGAAUCGUCACCCCACGGCGCAACGCCAUUGCACGUAGCCGUUAUCUUUGGAAAUACCAUUAUCAUUAGGUAUCUGGCAGGAAGGUUUCCAGAAACUACCAACGCGAUCGAUCUCGACGGACGAACUCCGUUACAUUACGCUGCGACGAUCGCAGACAACGGUCAUUACUGUAAUCUUUUGCUACAUUUGGGUGCCAAUCCUUUAAUAGAGGAUAAUUUCGGACAAAAGGCAGAUUAUUACAAGCGAAGUCAAAACGACUUAUCGCACAAAAAACUUCUUCGCAGUUUCGGGGCUAGCGAGACAUUCGCCGACGAAAUGUUGACGGAUAAAGUACCUGGAGGUGAUAUCUACUCGGCUCGGCGUGAUGUGAGCGAGCCUGAGGUCCUGGCAACUCUAGAACGAUGUUUCCGAUUACUGGCGGGCAACCGGCGAUCGUCAUUAUUACCAAAAACCCCGUCGUCGAACGCCGGUACACUAGUCGCUCGUUGCCUAAAACGGCCCGUGUUCGAUUUGAUCAAGCACCGUGUGACUCGCAUGGAUCACAAUCUCUUUGACGUGAUCUGGCCUUCUCUGAAAAGGUACGGUACCGUCACAGGCAACGGCAGCAAGACCAGCAGUGCUCGCUCGAACAUCAGCAACAUCGCAGACGAGGAUCACGGUUAUGGCGUGGUCGCGCCUGAUUUUGAAAGUUAUGUCGUUUUUACGGAGUUCUUCGAUCCCUUCAUUCGGGAGCUGCACUGCGUAACCGCAAGUGGCGACCUACCCGAUCAUUCGCUACCACGUUUCUUCAGCGAAAGUGAAGAGGGCAAGGAGGGUCCGCCGGAUGAAACGAUCGUCACCGCACUCGAACAAUACGAUCUAGAUCCGACCACCAAAUAUAUCCAAGCUGGUAUUUUAGAGUGUACCCGGAACCUAGUUGAUUACAGCCUACCAUUGACUUUGACAGUCAAUCAACUGGAGGAGGUCGAAAGGGAAAUCACCAAUCAACUAAUGAGUCCAGAGAUAACCGACCUGAUGGCAGAAGGAAGCAGCGAGGACGAGGCCGGCACGUACUUUACGCUUAACGAAAUUCUCGAACAACCCAGCCAGAUACGGGCGCAAUUAGCGGCAGCCGGUCUAUUGUUACCAAUCACAGAGUUCGAGCCAAACGACGAACGGCGUCUUCACGGCAAGCAUUGGCCCUAUGGACGUGGUGUGUACGUCACCACGGCCGGCGACCUCGCGGCAUGGGUAAACAUUCAGGAUCACUUGAGAGUUAUCUGUCGCACCAAUGAGAAUCGGCCAGGUUUACUGGGUCGCGCUUAUGUUAGGGUAGCUAAACUGAUGAUGAUAUUCGACCAAAGACUGAAGUUCAAACGAGAUCAGAAGCUAGGUUUCCUGUCCGCUCGUCCGCACACCCUCGGCAACACCAUCAGAUUCUGCCUGAUCAUACGAUUCCCUGAACUUUCGAAAACGCCUGACAAUUUGCGACACCUAUGCGUGGUGCGCGGCCUGAACGUGCGCGACACCGUGAAGAGCGACAUGGUGAGGAUCGGCAAUCAACAAUCACUAGCCAUUACCGAACUGCAGACCCUCCAGGACUUCUCCAGAGCAGUACACAAUAUCAUCACGCUGGAGAAGGAAUUAUCAUUGAACAACUCGAUGAAGAUCGCCAAUCUCAUCACCGAUGAUAGCGAAGUCGACAUUCCAAUAUUUCGUACGGAGGAAGGACAUUACUUAGCAUCAUCGCUGGGUGAUCCCUUAAUUAAAGGAUUAACAGAAGUAGCUAAUGCACGUCCAAAGGAUCCGAUCACAUAUCUUGCGACAUAUUUAUACAACUUUGCUAGCCAGAAUAAAGCCAAUGAACAGGAAUCUGAUGUCCUCUUAAUACCUGAUCACGAAGAAAAUUUGGAUAUCGAUAAUAAUAUCGAGAAUGACACUUUCGAUGAUGACGCUGGCUAUCCUCAAAGCCCAGAUUCUGACAUACCUGAAUCCACAUUUAGCAAUCCUAACAGGGACGAACAUGGGCAAAGUAUGAUCCACUUCGCUGCGGUUCGUUCCUAUUCAAAGGAUGGCUUGUAUCACCUGCUGCUAGAGACGCAAGUCAAUGUUGGUUUCAGGGACGAAUUGUAUCGGACAGCCAGAGACGUUGCCGAACAGGCGAAUAUCCAGGAGAACAUCGAAGAAAUCGACCGUUUCGUUGUUUAUCUUGCGGCAAGAGGAGAGACUGAAAAGUUAGUCGAGCUUCUACUUGAGGGCUACGAUCACAUCCUAGACGCCGAAGAUGAUGGAGUAAGCAUCGUCGAAGUAGCCGCGGAAAGAAAACACGAAGCUACUGUACAAUUUCUACAAUCAAUUCCUAAUUACAUAAAUCAACGCGAAGAAGUACAUGCUGCUAUUCGGGCCAACGACGAGGAACGUGUAAAACUUUUGAGUAAAAAUAAUGGAGGUGGAAAAUUACUGGUGGUUGGAAAGAACUCGAUGAGUCGAUGCGCUCUGCACAUCGCUGUACUUCUAGAAAAUGAAGAACUUGUCAAGUUUAUCGCAAAAACGUAUCCAGAAACAUUACGCAUCGGUGAUAAUUUGGAGAGAACGGCUCUUCAUUACGCAAUGGGCGUGACGUCCGUGGAGGUCUUGAGUAACAUAUUGAUCAAUGCGGGUGCAAAACGCAUCGUCAAAGAUCUGAAAUCCCGACAACCUUCAUAUUACUUCAUGAAUAAGUCUGAUAUCGAGCGACUUCAAGAAGAGGAAAAAGCCAUGAUCGCGUAAAUCAUACAAUGUUAAAUAUGCACGGUCGCCGUAAUAACACGAUCAUACACUUUGAUAUGUUCAUGCGUUCCAUUAAAAUGUUAUAUUAAGAAACAAAAGUCGAUGAGAGAAAGGAAAAAUCGAUAUUAAUAAAGAACACGAACAGAUAAGCUCCGUAACACGUACCGAUUUACAACGUCAAAUGUAGAAUAAGUGUAUAAUUUCGAAGAAUCUUAAAGA